GCAUGAUAAGUAGAGAGGAUAGGCUGAGCCAUUAGCCAGAGAGAAAUGCUUACAGGCGAUACCAGAAGAGCAAAACUCUGUGGAUGAGAUGAUGAUUCCUUUCAAAUUCAGCAGCAUCAAGCACUAUAUGUGAGGCAAGACAAACCCAUGGACAUUCAAAGUGUGGCUGAGAACUGAAAUCAGUGAAAGUCAGUCAUGAAAAGAAAAAAAGGAAUGAAGAAGUUGUUAGAAAAAACAAGAGUUAUAUCCUGUUCAAUUGUUGUUGUUUUAAAUAUAUGACUUCCAUUAAAUAUGCCUGUGUGAUUAUUAUUAAUGUUAUAUACUUUCAUGGGGCUAAGUAAGCAAUCAACCCUGCAAAUGAACCCUUAGUUGUUCUGAACUGUUGUUCAGGCAACGUGAGGACAAAUACAGAAAUUCUGCUCUCAAGUAAACCCAAUGUUGCAAUAUUACACCAUUUCUCUAAAAACUUACAUAAACAUUUAAAAAAAAAAACUCUUUAAUUUCUGCAUCAGGGGCCUCAUACAACAACAUCUGAAGGGUAAAUGUUUUCAUUCAUUCACCAGGAUUAUUAUCUUCACAUGAUCAUUGUGACCUUGACCUCAGCUGUGGGUGAUGUCACAGAAUAACUUGCUCAUAAAAUGCACCGACGUCAGAGAUAACAAAUCUCACCCUAAACUAAAAAGAAAACUGGUCAGCUCUGAUCUUAACACACAUUUUGACAUAAAGAACAACAUACUACCAGGCUCAUCAGCACAAUACAACACUUCACAAGUCUCACAGCACCACAACUAAUAUUUAAUCUGAAAGCAAAGUUCAGGCGCUGCUCACAGAGCAGCUGCAGCUUCAGUCUCCACCACUGGGGGCGCUGAUGAGCUGAAAGCCGUCUGCCGGAAAAUCAGCGCGAGACGCAGAAGAAGAAACUGCAGUUUGGGCGCCAAAGCAGAUUUAAAAGAAGCUUCAUCUUGUAAACUUUGACCACAACAACUCAGUCUCCUCUCACGGUGUGACUCUAGUUUCCUCUCCGGCUUCUCCGUUGGAAGAAUCUUCUCUCUGCCGCGGUCCACGGACACGGACACGGCCGGCGGCGAGCUAACGGCGGCAGUAACCGAUCUAUCUCAGUCAAGAGCAGAGGGGCCAAAACAGCCACACCUGAAGGUUUUCCUCAGGACUCUUCUGGGAGACAGAAGAUGGAGUUUUAAUAAAGAGUGGUACUCUUUACACCCUGUUCAGAUCAGAACUCAGACUAGUUUCAGUUACCAGGAGGUGACACUCAGUCGUCGUCACUGAGAGGUGAAAUGGCGCAGAAAGCAGUUCAUCUGGACCGAGAGACUUUCUCUUGUCUGAUCUGUUUGGAUCUACUGAAGGAUCCGGUGACCAUUCCCUGUGGACACAGCUACUGCAAGAACUGUAUUAAAGACAACUGGGACACAGAGGAUGAGAAGAGGAUCUACAGCUGCCCUCAGUGUAGGAAGCACUUCACACCGAGGCCUGAGCUGCUGAAAAACACCAUGUUAGCAGCUUUAGUGGAGGAGCUGAAUAAGACUGGACUCCAAGCUGCUCCUGCUGAUCUCUGCUAUGCUGGACCUGAAGAUGUGGCCUGUGAUGUCUGCACUGGGAGGAAACUGAGAGCAGUUAAGUCCUGUCUGGUCUGUCUGGCCUCUUACUGUGAGAAACACCUCCAGCCUCAUUAUCAGUCAGCUACAUUCAAAAAACACAAGCUGGUGGAGCCAUCCAAGAAGCUCCAGGAGAACAUCUGCUCUCGUCACGAUGAGGUGAUGAAGAUGUUCUGCCGUACUGAUCAGCAGUAUAUCUGUUAUCGCUGCUCUGUGGAGGAACAUAAAGACCACGACACAGUGUCAGCUGCAGGAAAGAGGCAGAGAGAGCUGGGGGAGAGUCGACGCAAGAUCCAGCAGAGAAUCCAGGACAGAGAGGAAGAUGUGAAGCUGCUUCAACAGGAGGUGGAGGCCAUCAAUGGCUCUGCUGAUAAAGCAGUGGAGCACAAUGAGAAGAUCUUUGCCCAGCUGUUCUGUGUUAUGGAGAAAAGAAACUCUGAUGUGAAGCAGCAGGUCAGAUCUCAGCAGGAAACUGAAGUGAGACGAGUCAAAGAGCUUCAGGAGACGCUGGAGCAGGAGAUCACUGAGCUGAAGAAGCUCUCACACACAGAGGAUCACAACCAGUUUCUACACAACUACCCCUCACUGUCAGCACUCAGUGAGUCUACACACUCAUCCAGCAUCAACAUCCGUCCUCUCAAGUACUUUGAGGAUGUGACAGCAGCUGUGUCAGAGGUCAGAGACAAACUACAGGACGUCCUGAGACAGACGGGCACAACCAUCUCACUGACAGAGACUCAAGUGGAUGUUUCACCGUCACAACCAGAGCCCAAGACCAGAGCUGACUUCUUAAAAUAUUCAUGUGAUAUCACACUAGAUCCAAACACAGCAUACACACGUCUGUUAUUGUAUAAAGGGAACAGGAAAGUAACAGUCAGGCGACGACCUCAAUCUUAUCCUGAUCAUCCAGACAGAUUCACUUGGUGGCCUCAGGUCCUGAGUAGAGAGAGUCUGACUGGACGUUGUUACUGGGAGGUUGAGAGGAGCGAGGGAAGAGUUAGUGUAGCAGUCGCAUACAAGAAUAUCAGCAGAGCAGGGGACUCAGAGGAAUGUGAAUUUGGAUCCAAUGACAAAUCCUGGACUUUAUAUUGUUUCCCACAACCUUUCUUACAUUAUGUCUUUCAUCACAACAAUGUCCAAACUUCCAUCUCAGGUCCUUGGUCCUCCAGAGUUGGAGUGUACCUGGAUCACAGUGCAGGUAUUCUGUCCUUCUACAGCGUCUCUGACACCAUGACUCUCCUCCACAGAGUCCAGACCAUAUUCCGUCAGACUCUCUAUGCUGGACUUCAGAUAGACUUAUAUGGAGACUCUGCUGAGUUUUGUAAACUCAAAUAGUCUGAAGUCAUUUCAGGGUCAGUGGGUUAAAUUGUGUGUUUCAGUUCUUCACACUUGUUGUGUUUCCAUCAUUGUUGCUGAGAGCUGAUUGUUGUGGCAUUUCUUCACUGCACACAGAUCAACCUGUCAAUCAAACACUGUGGGCGGUACUUUGACGCCUUGUUGUUCUGUAAAUGUUGGACUUUCUUCAGGCGGCGCUCCUUCCUGUGUCUGUUCAGCCACGGAGGCUCUCGCUGCUCAUGAUGACUUCACUUCACAUGAUCAUAAUCAAUAAGGAGAUGCUUCAUUAUUUGCUUGUACAUAGCUGAGAUUCUGCUCCAACACACUGACUGUGUGGAUGAAGUGAAUCUGCUGUUUAACAGACUUUACUGAUGGGACGUGUGAACAAACUGGAGCUUUAAAUCAUUAAUAAACAAGCGUA